CCCAUAUUACCCCUCCUAAGUAUCAGGUUCGGCGCGGAUCGCUAGCCAAGGGGCUACUGCUAAACGAUUGCGUAUCUUGUAAAAUGGGUUUAAGACGGAAAGCAAGUUGUAGAGCGGAAUUCACCCCGCACGCAACCUUCGGAUCAUCUUAUACCGCGGUCUUCGCUCUUUGAGACAUCACGCACUAUCCAAACCUUCGUACUCGGGGUCGUGCAUACUACUCGCAACUCCCAGAAUAAUCUUCACUACAUCAACAUGGCAGAUAGCCUAAAUAACGAUGGAGACACUAAAGUACCGGGUACUGUCCAUCUUGUCGACCUUUCGGGUACGAUGACUGGACGUCAUGCAGAGAGCGGCCAAAGGGAUAUCGUGCUUAUUCCUUCCCCUUCUUCCGAUCCGGAUGAUCCACUGAACUGGUCUCCGCAUCGGAAAGCGCUCAGCACGGUCUGCAUGUGCAUAUACACACUUAUGGUGGGCAUUGCGAGCGCCGCUAUAUACUCCGUCCUGGUACCGAUCAGUGAAGAGACGGGGAUAUCUCUAUACACUUUGAAUCAAGGCACUGGUUAUAUGUUCUUGUUCUUCGGUUGGGGCUGUCUCGUGUGGCAACCACUGGCACUGCAGUAUGGGAAGCGUCCAGCAUACCUCUUGUCCAUGUUGGCCACGCUCGCAACCCAAGUAUGGGCUGCACACACCACAACCAAUGGGCAAUGGAUUGCAAGUAAAAUAGUGCAGGGCUUUGCCGGUGCUCCGAUUGAGAGUCUAUGCGAGAUCAGUGUGACUGAUAUCUACUUCACUCACGAAAGAGGGCGAUAUAUUGCACUUUACGGCCUUCUACUUGCGGGAUCCAACUUCUUUGCUCCUAUUAUUGCAGGAUUUAUUGCGGAUGGCCAAGGGUGGAGAUGGGUACUGUAUUGGUGCGCCAUCUUCAAUGCGGUCGGCUUCGUGUUCGUUUUCUUCUUCAUGGAAGAAACCAACUUCGUCAGAACACACUCUGGCAUAGCACCCGGUACAUCAAUCAUCUCAACUCCCACCAAGUCUGAGGCACCCAUCACUACCACCGUCCGUCCCCGUCGCAAAACCUAUCUCGACAAGUUAAAGCUUUUCCAAAAGGCCGACCUCCACAAGCCGAACGAGCUCAAAGGUAUGAUGACACGCCCUCUGACCUUCCUUACUUUCCCGGUGAUCUUCUAUGCCGGUUUCUCCUAUGGCUCCAACCUCGUCUGGUUCAACGUGCUCAACGCAACCGCUUCGCUGAUUCUCAACGGGACCUAUGGUUUUUCUGCUAGUAUCGUCGGCGUGUGUUACGUCUCUCCGCUAAUUGGCGUUGCUGUUGGGGCGGCGUACACAGGCUGGCUAGGCGACGCCUUCAUCGUGCGGAAAGCACGCAAGAACAACGGCAUCAUGGAAUCUGAGCACCGGUUGUGGCUUUUCGUGCCAUCACUUUUGUUCAUCCCAUUCGGACUGAUACUUUGGGGCGUGGGUUCAGCGCAUCAUAUCCAUUGGUUCGGCCCUGUCUUCGCCAUGGGCGUCAUUGCUAUGACGAAUUCAGUAGGGUUACAGGUGAGUGUCGCAUACUGCAUUGACUCGUACCGCGCGUUGUCGGGUGAGGCUAUAAUCACAGUCAUCCUCGUGCGCAACACAAUGAGCUUCGCUAUCGGGUAUGGAAUCACGCCGUGGGUUGAAGAUAUGGGGCUUCAGAAUUGCUUCAUUACAGCAGCAUUUGUCGGGCUAGCCCAGGUGUGCACGGUAUUUGUAAUGAUCAAAUAUGGAAAGAGGUUGAGGGAGAUGAGUGUUUCGAGAUACAAGGGCUACGUGGAUGAGAUGGCGAAGAGCGGGAUGGCCCAUUGAUGUCGAAAUAGGUCACAGGGACUAGGGUCUGAGGUCAUGAUGAGUUACACCUUGCGGG